AUGAAGAAUAUGGUGCUGGAAACCUGCAGUGGAAAGGCUGAUCCCAAGGAGCACCUGCCGUAUUUCAACACAAAGAUGGUGAUCAUCGCCGCUUCUGAUGCGGUCAAGUGCAGGAUGUUUCCGGCCACGUUCAAAGGCACAGCAAUGGCGUGGUUCACGACUCUACCACGAGGAUCCAUCACAAACUUUCGUGACUUUUCAUCCAAAUUCCUUGUCCAGUUCUCGGCGAGAAAAACUAAGCAGGUGACGAUUGAAGAUUUGUACAACGUGCGUCAAUCUGAGGGCGAGACUUUGAAACAGUACGAGAAGCGGUUCAGUGCUGCAUCAGUAAAGAUAGAAGAAUCCGAGCCAAAUGUUUGUGCCCGCAGCUUUAAAAACGGAUUGCAGCCAGGGAAGCUAAAUAGUAAAUUGAGCCGGAAGCCAGCCAAGUCAAUGGCGGAGGUGAGAGCCCGGGCAAACACGUACAUACUUGACGAGGAGGAUGACGCUUUUAAGCGGAGACGCGCGAAGGUAGAGAAGGAUGGCGAGCAGAGGAAUGUGUCGCCAGAAGAUAAGCCGAGCAAGGAGAAAGUAGAGGGAAGCAGAAGGCGGGACAUGAAGGUUCGAACAGGGGAAAGGGCGCCGAAGGAAUCUUUGUAUCCCAAAAAGGAAAAUUUUGAGCAGCGCCGACCCUGGCAUCAAGCAGACCCACGUCGCCGAGAGGAGGCAGGGAAAAGUUUGAACGCCCACCUGACAGAGCUGCUGCGUGAAGUCAAGGCAGCGCACGCAGUUGAAGGGGGCGAAAGAGGAGCUGACCCGCCGCGGACAACGACAAAUAAGACCAAGUGGUGUGAAUAUCACCGCUCAGCAGGACAUGACACUGGGGAUUGCUUUACUUUGAAGAAUGAGAUUGAGAGACUCAUCCGAGCGGGGAGGUCGCAGCUGAAUGAACGCGGUGAUCGUUGGAACGGAGAGCGAAAGCAGGGGAACAAGUACAGGGGGUCUCGCAAGCAAGAUGAUCGCCGGCGGGAAGAUCGUCGCCACACGCCGAAUACUAACAAAGAGGAGACGCUGGCCGCACGGAAGAAAGGAGCAGAGGAAACCUUUAAUAAGGAUCUUGAGCCACCGGUUGGCACGAUAAAUACAAUUGCAGGCGGUUUCAGCGGGGGUGGCGUAACAGCUUCAACAAGGAGAAGACACGCUAGGGCGGUGACGUCGGUGCAACAAUACGAAUCUCCUUUUGGGUUCAAACAUCCCGACAUAGUAAGUUCAACGACAGACUUUGAGGGGUUUAAAACGCACAAGGAUGACCCUAUAGUCGUCAUGAUCAGGAUCAAUAGUUUCAAUGUCCGCCGAGUCCUUCUGGACCAAUGUAGCUCUGCUGAUAUCAUCUAUGGAGAUGCAUUCGAUCAGUUGGGAUUAACAGAUAAAGAUUUAAUGCCUUAUACAAGAACUCUGGUGGGGUUUUCAGGCGAGCAAGUUUGGGUGUAG